UCUCUCUCUCUCUCUCUCUCUCUCUCUCUCUCUCUCUCUCUCUCUCUCUCUCUCUCUGUGUAUAUAUAUAUACACACACACACGCCAUGAGAGCUGCCAAACCUCAAGUACGUAGUCACACGCCUAGUUUCAGCUUCCCAGCUUCUGGUACUUCUUCUUCUUCAAGCUUAAGCUAAUUUAGCUCUCAACGAGACAGGAAUGGCGCCCAAGUCCGUGGAGGAGAUCCGCAAGGCCCAGCGGGCUCAGGGCCCGGCCACCGUCUUGGCCAUUGGCACGGCCACCCCCUCCAACUGCGUCUACCAGGCCGACUACCCCGACUACUACUUCCGGAUCACCAACAGCGACCACAAGACCGAGCUCAAGGAGAAGUUUAAGCGAAUGUGCGAGAAAUCGAUGAUCAAGAAGAGGUAUAUGCACCUGACGGAGGAACUUCUCAAGGAGAACCCUAAUAUCUGCGCCUACAUGGCGCCGUCGCUCGACGCCCGUCAAGACAUGGUCGUCGUGGAGGUGCCCAAGCUUGGCAAGGAAGCUGCAGCGAAGGCCAUUAAGGAAUGGGGCCAACCCAAAUCCAAGAUCACCCACCUCGUUUUCUGCACCACUUCCGGCGUGGACAUGCCAGGCGCCGACUACCAGCUCACCAAGCUGCUCGGCCUCCGCCCCUCCGUCAAGCGCCUCAUGAUGUACCAGCAGGGCUGCUUCGCCGGCGGCACCGUCCUCCGCAUCGCCAAGGAUCUCGCCGAGAACAAUGCCGGAGCCCGCGUCCUCGUUGUCUGCUCCGAGAUCACCGCUGUCACUUUCCGUGGCCCGUCCGACACUCACCUGGACUCCCUGGUGGGGCAGGCGCUCUUCGGCGAUGGCGCUGCAGCGGUGAUCGUCGGCGCGGACCCUGACAGCUCCAUCGAGCGCCCGCUCUUCGAGCUCGUCUCCGCCGCGCAGACGAUCCUGCCGGACUCCGACGGCGCAAUCGACGGCCACCUCCGGGAGGUAGGGCUGACGUUCCACUUGCUGAAGGACGUGCCCGGCCUGAUCUCCAAGAACAUCGAGAAAUCCCUGGUGGAAGCCUUCACCCCCAUCGGAAUCAACGACUGGAACUCCAUAUUCUGGAUCGCCCACCCCGGCGGGCCGGCGAUUCUGGACCAGGUGGAGGCGAAGCUCGGCCUGAAAGAGGAGAAGCUCCGGGCGACAAGGCACAUUCUGAGCGAGUACGGGAACAUGUCGAGCGCCUGCGUGCUGUUCAUUCUGGAUGAAAUGAGGAAGAAGUCGCUGGAAGAAGGCAAGGCCACCACCGGCGAGGGGCUGGAAUGGGGCGUUCUUUUCGGGUUCGGGCCGGGCCUCACCGUCGAGACGGUGGUGCUCCACAGCGUCAGUGCCGCGAAUUAA